CAUGAAGACAUCUUGGAGCUUUAAUUGCGGAGCUUUCCUCCUCUGCUCUCUUCUGUGCUCAGCCGAGAAUAUCACCCAGUCCCUUGGCAGCCAGCAGGCCAUCAAUGUUAAGAUCCUGCUAGAAUCAGCUCCCUUGUCAGAGUCCUCUGGUUCCGCUAUUACCACAACCACGCCCAAGCCGGAGCCCAACCCCACAGCCAAGUCGUCCCUGCAGGCACAUGAGAUCGAAGAGGAGGAUUACAACUUCCACCGUGAUCGUCUUCCCGCCUUGACCGAGGACGAGUACAGUAACCUGAGCGAAGAUGCCAAUCCACUGCACUUCCUCAAGGCGCAGUCGCCGCAUUCAGAGAUAAAGCAGACACAGUCAACGCAGCCAGAGAAAUCUGAGCAGAUGCCGACACCUUCGCCUGAUAAGUCUCAGCCGAAUCCGCCAAAGGUUUCCCCGCCAGCAGCGGGUUCCCCCAUCUACAUCACCAUUCCCAUCUACAUCAGUACAGCUGGAAAACAACCGCUAACCUUGACCAUUGGUGACCAGGAGCUGGCCCUGAAUAAGGUGCGAAGGCCCAGCGGUUCGGCAGCAAUGAGCAGGAAGAAUCCCUCCACCAAGGCCCCUAACUCGCACUUCAACCGACUGCUGCAGCAGAUCGAUUCCCCAAAAAGACGGACCACCAAUCGCCAUCGCAGCCAGCUGAAGAGCCACAUCUACGCGAUGAAGGAGCGAAUGGAACGCAAGGAAGCCAGGAAGAUGUAAACAUUCGGGGAUUCAAAGUAUGGCAUAUUUAGUACAUAUAUUAUAGCUAGCAAUAAAUAAUUGACAAUAAAUAGCUGAGAAAAGGUG